AUGUCUAUACUGCUCACAAUGGCUGGUGGUGCAGCUGGAACUGCAACAGAUAUAUCGUUAUUUCCUCUGGACACGAUAAAGACGCGUCUGCAGAGCAGUCAGGGAUUCUGGAAGUCGGGUGGCUUUAAACGAUUGUAUGCCGGUCUCGGACCAGCUGCACUCGGCUCUCUCCCUACAGCAUCAGCAUUCUUCUGCACGUAUGAAACGGUGAAAGCAUUGUCGAGUCUCGUUUUGCCGGAACGGUAUAUGGCCAUGGGUCACUCAUCUGCAGCGUCUUGCGGUGAAGUGGUUGCCUGUCUCAUCAGGGUUCCAGUUGAGGUGGUGAAGCAAAGGGCCCAAGCUCUGCACAUACCUAGCAUGCAAAUACUGAGAGCAACUCUCAGAAAUGAGGGAUUCGGAGGUUUGUAUCGAGGUUAUUGGAGCACCGUCAUACGAGAGGUACCCUUCUCUUUCAUACAGUUCCCUAUCUGGGAGCUAAUGAAGGUAGAGUGGGCGGCGUACCAGGGCAGUGAGGUGACACCAUGGGAGUCGGCCGUGUGUGGGUCACUGUCUGGCGGUAUCUCGGCUGCGGUGACCACGCCGCUGGACGUCGUGAAGACUCGCAUCAUGCUGGCUGAGGAAGGCACAUUUCUUGCCUCCGCUAGAAUCGACCAGGCGAUGGUUUAUGUGUAUAAACAGAGCGGCGGACAAGGGCUGUUUGCUGGCCUCACGCCACGUAUGAUGUGGAUGUCAAUAGGGGGAGCCAUCUUUCUGGGUGUGUACGAUCUCGUGAAGCAGGAGAUAAAGCAGCACACGGGAGCUGGGAGGAGGAGGGAAGGAAAGCACAGUAGUGGGGAUGAAACCAGCAGCAGCUGACCGUAGCAGCUGACAGCUGCAGUAGAUAGCUAGACCUGUGAUGGAUGUCAACCAGCUCGCCUAUACGAUUCUCUGAUUGACCGCCAAUUCUACAAGUCUUCCUCCUCCUUCUUCUUCCCCUCUUCCACUUCCAUCUUCUCCUCCACCUUCC